AAACACCUGACUGGGCCUCGUCGUCAAGGUCCAGUACAGGUGUACAGUGACAGAACCAGCGGCGUUUCAGAAACCAACAACGCCCACACCCUCCGCCGGCGCCGAUAGACGAACAUCUUCUCUCUUGCCAUCAUUUGCACCAGCCCGAAAUGUUGAUGCUUCCAGGAUGCUGAUUCCUUCCCUCUGGGUACUUCGACGGCAGUGGUGAACAAGUUGGGGCUUUUGAUUGGUCCAUCAGUAGCUCUUGCUUUGGGAAGUAGCUCCUGGCAGGUGCUGCAAGCUCGCCCACCUGAUUGUUGGACUGUGUGGGGAGACAGGCCAUGGAUCAUGUAGAGAGCUUAGGCAGUGAAUUUCUGACACCGAGAAGUGCACGUGACAAGAAGAGGAAGAGCAAGAAGAGGCGCAAGGCACAACCUCAUGAUGGUGAUGAUGUCUGUGCGAUUUGUGACGAUGGUGGCUAUGUAACUUGCUGUGAUAGUGGGUGUCUGAGGUCUUUCCACCUAACUGAAGAACAUGGUGAGGGUUCAAAGUGCCCAUCCCUUGGCAUUAAUAGUGAAGAAGCAAAGAUGAUAAUUGAUAAGAAAGACUUCAUAUGCAAGAACUGCAAGUAUAAGCAACAUCAGUGUUCUUCCUGUGGAUUAUUAGGGUCUUCAGACUUGUCAUCGGGAGCCGAGGUAUUCCAAUGUAAGGAGUAUAACUGUGGGCAUUUUUACCACCCUAAGUGUAUUUCCAAACUGCUGUACCCUGGUGACAAACUCCGGGCCUGCCAUUUUGAGCAGUAUGUUGCUGCUGGACUGAAGUUCCUCUGUCAUGUCCAUAAAUGUAGUGUGUGCCAUGGAGCAGAGAAUAGGGAUGAUAAGAAUAUGCAAUUUGCAGUAUGCAGGCUCUGCCCAACUACAUAUCACCGGAAAUGUUUGCCCAGUGACAUCCCUUUUGAAACAAAGGAAGGUCCAAAUGGUUACAUUUUUCAAAGGGCAUGGGAUGGCAUUCUUCGUGAUCGGAUUCUGAUAUAUUGCAUGAAGCAUGAGAUAGUAAAAGAGCUAGGAAUUCCUAGGAGGAAACUUAUCAUCUUUCCUUAUGACGAAAAUCUUUGUGUGCCACAAGGUCCUGAAAGUGCACCCAAGGAACAAGAUACAUUGGGCCAAGAAGAGCUGCUUGACCACCCUUCAUCUGAACCAUCCCAGUCUCUGCCAUCUGGAGCUGCCCAGAACCAAUGCUUCUGCUCCAAUCCUAUGGACUCAUUUGCACCAAAAUCCUUGUUUCCACAUCCAUACCCAGGUUCGUGUGGUUGGCUUGGUGAUUGACCAUGUGGCCUCUCUUCCCCUUGUAAACAAUACCAACAGCGACAGGUCCUUUGCAAAGUGCAAGGACGUUGGUAGCUGGGCUUUGUUAUAUAUACAAAACACCUAUCUACAGGUCCUAAGUUAUAGUAUACCCUAUCCGAGUACAAUGGCUUGCUGGUCCUAUCUGCAGUGAUGGUUGUUGUUGAUGCUGAUCAGAUCAGGCAGAAAUUGCUUAGAGCUAGCUCAGUGAAACCAUAUGACAUAUAUAGAUAGCCUGCCAGGGGUUAUAAAACCUGGAAUUGGAAUACUGCUAGCACAUGGAGGUUAUUACUGAAGUAACUACAGUUAUUAGGAUAUGUAUAUAUCAGGAUCAAUUAGAGAUUGAUUGGCAAUCCCCUAGAUAGGCUAGCUGCCAUGUAUAGCCUAGGAUUGUUUCUAUUUAUAGCCUAGGAUUGUUUCCUUGUACAGGGAAUAGCUUCCCAUGUAUGUAACUUCCAUGCAUGCCUAUUGGCUAUAUAUAUGAAAGGCUCCCCACCCACAAUGGGUGUGUGGUGAUUCCCUC